CUUGGGAGACCCUCAUACAUGUACCUGUUCAACAUUCCACAAAGAGAAGACCUCUGCAAACACAUCUGCUGGGUUUUAUUGAGGAAAUUCCGACUGCCUAGAGAACAUGAAUAUUGCUUCCAGCAGGUCCUGGUUGAAAGGCAGAUCCUGGAGCUGCUACAGGGUUUACACAGGAGCAGAACCCCCCGGCCUGUACACCCACCCUGCUCUGAGGCUGACCCUAACCCCAGACCAGACCCAGCCGAGGGGGUCAGACAGAAGGAGAUCGAAGCCGAGGAUGUGUGUCCCAUCUGUCAAGAGGAGUUGCUGGGGAAACGYCUGCCUGUGUCUUACUGCAGGUUCGGCUGUGGCAACAACAUCCAUAUCUCCUGUAUGAAGGUGUGGGCAGACCACCAGGCACGUCCGGAGGGGGAGGGGGAAGCCAUGGUGAAGUGCCCGCUGUGCCGGGAGGACUUUGGGCUGGUCAAGCUGCUCCUGGAGCAGGUGAGGAAUGUGGCUAAGCUCCACACAGCUGCUGAGCGAGAGAGGCCCGACAGACACCUCGGGGUGCUCUGCAACAACUGCAGGGUCUGCCCCAUCACUGGCAAGUGCUUCAAGUGCACAGUCUGCCGGUACUAUCACCUUUGCGAGGACUGUAUAAGAAGGUGCUGUCACCCUCAGCAUCCGUUUGCCAUACGUACGAAAAGGACUGAGAAGUGGCUGUCCUUGGGUCAGCGUGUGUUCAACACACUGGGUGAACCACGUGAGAUGACCACUCAGUCAGUGGGUGACAGCAUGAUUCCUGUUGAGAGUGACCCACUGCCAGAGCACCUGGUCAGAAGCCUCCUUUCAGUCAGGGUGAGGAGAGGCUGCCCCCUGCUGGACCCUGGGCAGCAGUGUAGGAUCUGCCUGAAGAGCUUCCAGCAAGGGCAGCAGGCCAGACACCUGCCCUGCCAUCACAGGUUCCACACAGACUGUGUCGACCCGUUGCUUCGGAGGUCCAACUCCUGCCCUCUGGACGGAUACGUCAUCUACAACCCCCUAACAUGGAGCAGGGGUGGGGGAAGGGAAGACCCAAGCUGCCCUCCUCCCUUGACCAUCCAAAGCUCACAGAGCAGCACAGACUGGAGCUGUUUGUCCCAGGAGUAGCUCUGCUGGACAGGGCAGCCAGGGUGGUUCCUUCCCUGAGUAUGUUCAGCUCUGAGGGCUCAGCCGAUGCCCUAGUACCUCUCCCUCAGGACACUAUGGUUGUCGGCUUACAAGGUCUACGCAUCAU